AUGGGAGAGUUUAGCUUUGGGGUCAUCCUUGCAAUCCUGUCAUUGCUCAUCAUGGCUGUGAAUAUUUUUGUGGUUGUCGUGUUGGUUCAGCUGAUCUGGAAGAGCAGAUGCCUUGGGCUGUGCUUUAUUUUAAACCUUGCCGUUGCCGACUCCUUGGUCGGUUUCACUGUAACUGGCCUUGUCACUGAAGAGCUGUCCAGCCCUGAGCAUCAGACCCCACAAAACUACUGUGUGCUACGGAUGGCCUGUGUUACCUUCCCCUCAGCUGCCUCCAUCAUCACUGUCAUUUUGGUCUCCUUUGACAGAUACCUGACCAUAAAGCAUCCUUUCCAGUACUUCAAAAUCAUGUGUGGCCCAGUUGUUGGGGUUUGCAUUGGAGGACUCUGGCUCCUGGCCUGCUUGGUUGGAUUCCUCCCUAUGAUUGUUCACAGCUUCCAGCAAAAGAACUACCAAGGGCUAUGCACCUUCUUCAAAGUCUUCCAGCCCACAUAUGUGCUUGCUAUCUUUUGUGUGGGUUUCUUCCCAGGUUUCUUUAUUUUCAUCUACUUUCAUUGCCACCUGCUGAAGAUUGCCUCUCUGCAUGCUCAGCAAAUUCAAGGAUUGGAACCUAUUGGAUUUACGGCAACCUGUCCAGGUCCUAAAUGCUCUACUGCCACCAAAGCUUUGCGCACUGUGGCCAUCCUAGUGGGAUGCUUUGCAGUUUUAUGGUCCCCAUUCUUCAUCGGAAGCAUUGUACAGAUUGCAUGUCAGCAGUGUCUUCUGGAUCAUCUCCUUGAGCGGUACCUCUGGGUGCUGGGUGUAUGCAACUCUCUGGUGAACCCCUUAAUCUAUGCCUACAGGCAAAAGGAGGUGCGUCUGCAGAUCUGUCAGAUGUUUUUAUGCAUGAAGAUCAAGGUCUUUCCCCUGUUCCAUGUCAACAGCCAAAGUCGUGCUCCUGACAGAACUGGGCCUUCAGUGCACACCAUCUCCCUGGCCCACCUUGAGGAGUGA